AUGAUUGAUCAUGAGAAGAAGAAUAGAUCAGUCUUUCGUAAUGUUAGCUUCCAAAUUGAACCUUGUAAAGAUGAAGCUAACUGUUACACCAUUUAUAAUCCACAAACGGUUGGUACAAAUUCUACAAAAGAACCAAUUACUGAUCGUCUGAACCGUAAAUACAAGGAGAUGCUACAUGGAUGGGUAGCUGAAAAGAGACGACGUGAAAAUGGAUCUGGAGCAUUUGACAUGUAUUACUAUCAUAAGAGCAAACAAUGUCGUUCUCUUGUAGAGGUAAGAAAAUAUGUAUUCAGGGGUUUAUCAAAGCUUGAAGUUGAUCAAGAAAUCACUGAUGUAAAAGAGGUUGGAGUUAUUGAAAAUCACUCCAUGAAAAGAAAGGCUGAACGUUCCAUCUUGGAAAGGAAGUCUGCAACAAAGAAACUGAAAAGCAACAACUAUGGCAAGAGGGAGGUCAAAAAGUUUUUCGGUGGAGCAAUGAACAACCUCAUGAAUAGGAAUGUGAAACACAAAAAACAAGCGGUAACAAAAGGUGCAAAAAUGUCAUGGAAAUUGAUGCUUGUUGUACUUAUUUUGGGAGUUGUAGUGCAAACUUCCUCUGCGAGAAAGCUUCUUAGGAGGGAUUUAAUCGACCUCAACGGUUUUGACCAAAUUUUAGGAGGACUUGGUGGUGGCGGCGGCGGCGGUGGUGGUGGCGGCGGUGGUGGUAGUAAUGGUGGAUUUGGUUCUGGCUUUGGAUUUGGCGAGGGUCAUGGAUCGGGUGCUAAUGAUGGAUUUGGCCAAAUUGUAGGUCUUAUUGGCGGCGGUGGUGGUGGUGGCGGUGGUGGAGGAUGUCAUGACCUCUCAUUUGCAACAGAUAUCAAGUAA